CUUCAAAGUCUUAUUUAGUGAUUUCGCAUCACUAAAUCCCAUUUUUCACGGGCUUUCAUUUGGUAUAAAAUUCAUCAUAUCUCCAAUUUAGAAUUAUAGCGUUCCCCCCCCCUUGAAUAAUAUUAUUUACUACCCUGUACUGACAAGUGAAUUUAAUUCUGGAAAAAAGGCAAGUACCAGCUUCGAAGUACUUAGUCCAAGUACUUGGCCCGAAGUACUAGGAGCUUUUUCUAAUUUUAGAUUGAUUUUUAAAAUUGAUAUGGCUGGUGUCGUUGCCGACAAUGAAGAACAAUGUGUGAUAGAUCGAAUUCGUGCAUAUGACUUUCGAGAGGCAAUUUAA